AUGGCUGUCCCCCCUUACACCGGCCCCUGGACUGCACCCAAGGUCAGGCAACAGUUUUACGACUAUUUCCGCUCCAAAAACCAUGUUUUUGUUCCAUCGUCACCUACCAUACCCUUCGAGGAUCCAACCCUGCUCUUUGCCAAUGCCGGAAUGAAUCAGUAUAAAUCCAUCUUUCUGGGCACAGUCGAUCCAAACUCGGAAAUGUCCAAGCUCAAGCGUGCUUUCAAUUCACAAAAGUGUAUCAGAGCGGGAGGGAAACACAACGAUCUCGAGGACGUAGGCAGAGACUCUUACCACCACACAUUCUUCGAGAUGCUCGGUAACUGGUCCUUUGGCGAUUACUUCAAGAAAGAGGCUAUCGAGUAUUCUUGGGAGCUCUUGACAAACGUCUUCAAGCUCUCCCCGGACAGGCUCUAUGUCACCUACUUUGAGGGAGAUCCAAAGGCGGGACUCGAGCCUGAUCUCGAGGCAAAGCAAUUUUGGAUCGAUCGCGGUGUCCCCGAAGACCACAUCCUCCCGGGAAAUGCAAAGGACAACUUUUGGGAGAUGGGUGCAACCGGCCCUUGCGGUCCAUGCAGUGAGAUCCACUACGACCGUAUCGGCGGAAGAAACGCCGCACACCUCGUCAACCAGGACGAUCCAAACGUGCUCGAGAUCUGGAACAACGUCUUUAUCCAGUUCAACCGCGAGGACGAUGGCUCCCUCCGCUCCCUCCCCUCCAAACACGUCGACACAGGCAUGGGCUUUGAACGUCUUGUCUCCGUCAUCCAGGACCGCUCCUCCAACUACGACACCGACAUCUUCCUCCCCAUCUUUGACAAAGUCCGCGAGCUUACAGGCGUACGCCCGUACGCAGGCCGCUUUGGCGCAGAAGACGCGGAUGGAAUCGAUACCGCCUACCGUGUCGUCGCAGACCAUGUGCGGACGCUGACGUUUGCCCUGAGCGAUGGAGGUGUCCCGAAUAAUGUCGGGCGUGGAUAUGUCCUCAGGCGCAUUCUCAGGCGGGGUGCUAGGUACGCGAGAAAGAAGCUGGGGGUCAAUAUCGGCUCGUUCUUCUCUUCUCUUAUGCCUGUCGUCAUUGACACCAUGGGAGAGGCGUUCCCCGAAAUCACUAAACGGUACGACGAAAUUAAGGAGAUCUCGGACGAGGAAGAAGAGUCGUUCUCGAGAACUUUGGACCGCGGUGAAAAGUUGUUUGACCAGUUCGCCACGCGCGCCAAGGAACAAGGUCUCACCCAGCUCAGCGGAAAGGAUGUGUGGCGGUUGUAUGAUACCUUUGGAUUCCCUGUUGAUCUCACACGCCUGAUGGCAGAAGAGUUGGGGCUGACCAUCAACGAGGAAGAGUUUGAGGCUGCGCAGGCGCAUUCCAAAGAGGCGAGCAAGGCAUCCACGAAAAAGGGUUCGUCUAUCGUGGUUAAACUCGACGUACACGAUAUUGCGGCUCUGGAAAAGAAUGACAUGAUACCUAAAACUGACGAUUCUGCUAAAUUUAACCUCGGCAACAUCACGGCGACUGUGAAAGCCAUCUUCCACGAAAAGAAUUUCUUACAGUCUACCAAGGAUAUCCCUGAAGAUACCACGUUUGGCAUUCUCCUGGACCGAACCAGCUUUUAUGCUGAAUCUGGCGGUCAGGAAUAUGAUACCGGAAACAUUGUAAUUGAUGGCGUCGCCGACUUUGAAGUCACAAACGUCCAGGUGUACAACGGAUACGUGCUACAUACAGGACAUUUGAAGUAUGGUCAGCUCAAUGUUGACGAUGAAGUGGUGUCGUCCUACGACGAGCUACGCAGAUGGCCAUUGCGCAACAACCACACUGCGACACAUAUUCUCAACUACUCUCUCCGCGAAGUGUUGGGCGACCACAUCGACCAAAAGGGAUCCCUCGUCGCACCUACAAAACUCCGCUUCGACUUUUCGCACAAGGCCGGUAUUGCCCUGCCCGAGCUCGAGAAGAUCGAGAACAUGAGCGUGGACUGGAUCAAGCGCAACGUCAAGGUGUUCAGCAAGGAACUUGGCCUGGAGACCGCGCAGAAGAUCCCCGGCCUGCGAGCGGUGUUUGGCGAGUCGUAUCCCGACCCUGUGCGUGUUGUCACACUAGAGUAUGACGUCGAGGAGAUCUCGAAGGAUAUUGAGAACCCCAAGUGGAGAAAGACCAGCGUAGAGUUUUGUGGUGGAACACAUGUUGCGAAAACGGGCGAUAUCAAAGAUUUUGUUAUCACUGAAGAGUCUGGUAUUGCCAAGGGCAUCCGCCGUAUCGUCGCUGUGACUGGCCACGAAGCGCAGGAAGUUUCCCGGCUCGCUCGAUCUCUAGAAGAAAGGCUCGACGCUCUCGAAGCUUCUACUGGUAAAGAAAAGGAUUCCGGGCUAAAGGCUUUCAGUGUUGAACUCGGCCAGACUGACAUCUCCGUCUUGAAAAAAGCACAGCUAAAGGACCGCCUUGCCGUCAUUCGCAAGGCUCACGACAAACAGAUCAAGGAUCGGGAAUUGGCAGCCAACAAAGCGGCUGUCGAGCAACUUCAACAAUACUUCAAGGAGAACACUGCGUCUGAUGCAUAUGUUGCGUCAAUAGACGUCGAUGGCAAUGCCAAGAUCCUACAGUCCCUGGUGUCCCAAGCGAAACAGCUCGACAAGAGCUUAUAUGUGUUCAGCACGGAUGUGGAGGGCGGCAAAGUCGCCCAUGCAAACUUUGUAUCUUCGUCAUUCAAAGCUCUGGGAGGAGAUGCGCGCAAGUGGGCAUCAAAAGUGACGGAUAUCAUCGGCGGAAAGGCGGGUGGAAAGGAAGAGAGUGCACAGGGAGUUGGGAUCAACACUGACAAGGCUGAUGAAGCUUUGGCUGCUGCGAAAGAAUAUCUUACCGAGUUUAAGACAUCCUAA